ACGCUCACAUAAUGGGUGAUUAUCACGAGUAUACGGAUCAAUAUAAGGUGCCGGUUAUUGCCAAGCUGCUGCAUGCCCUGCCCCACUACAAUAUAACAUUCCAUAAAAUUAAUAGCACAUUUCGGCCAAAUGAUGAGAUCUAUUUGGAGAGCCUCGGUAUAUUGGGAUCCGUACCAGCUGCCCUGCUAAUUGUAUCGUUAUUGGGUCUAUUACUAUAUCUAAUGACAAGAUGUUGCGAUCGCAAACCCCGACCUGCCCAUUCUAUUACAAGCCUCAAAGUGGCUCUAUCUAUUGUGACGGUGAUGUGUUGUGCUGCCAUUGGUUUAGGACUAUAUGGAAAUGAUGAUUUACACAAUGGUCUAUUGGAAGUGUUGACGGCUGGUCGAAAAGUGGACACCUUGGUUACGACGGUACGCAACCAGACAUUGAUUUUGGAAAAUACACUGAAGAAUCGCAUACGACCUCAAUUGGUGGAAUUGGCCGAUAUAUUCGAUCAACCGGUAACAAAUUCCACUGCCCUUUCCAUACUCUUUGUGUCGCUGAAUAUUGUACAAGGCAAUGUGACAUUGGCCACCAAUGCGGCCAGUGAUAUACGACGGCCCCUGACGAGUGUGACCAUGACAAAAUUUCUUUCGGAGGGUGAUAAAAUGGAAUUGAUCCGAUGGCCUGGCACCGUGGCCACCUUGGCUUUACUCUUGGUAUUGUGUGCAGUCCUAUUGGUGGGUGUGGCCCGCCACUCCCGCUGUGCUUUGAUUCUGUUCAGUGUUUGCGGUUUAUUGGCUGUCACCGGCUCAUGGCUAAUGUCAGGCCUAUAUUUAUCUUCAUCUGUAGCGGUGGGAGAUCUUUGCAUUAGCCCUGCCGACUUUUUGGUUUCGGUGGCACCUCGAGAUCUUCCCACAAAUGUAUUGCUGCAUUAUACCCAAUGUGAACCUGGACACACUAAUCCCUUCACCCAACGUCUAAGAGAAUCUCAAAAUUCGCUUAACAAUGCUCGCAGUGCAAUGGCUACGGUUAUGAAAAUAUCUCUUGUCCUGUUUAAGUCCUCGGGUCUGCAACCGAAAUUAGGAGCUGUCAAUGCCGAUUUGAAUAGCAGCGAACGUUUGCUCACCCAACUGACAGCCUUGGUCGAUUGUAAAACGGUGCAUCAUAACUUUUUGGCUGCCUCACGAGGUCUAUGCGAGGGCGGCCUACUCGGAUUGGUCCUAAUGCUCAUUGCCAGUUUUAUUGCUGCUAUUUUGCUCACAAUUAUGGUUUGGGUAGACUCACACACAUGGAUCUAUAUAAGGAAGCGCAAUGAUUAUGCUCAAGUCGACGAGCCGUCGUACAUAUCCCACCCGGCCCCGCAGAAUCACCAGCAAAUGUUGAAUGCCUCACGAACACUGCCAAGAAAUCACAACGGGCACUUUAGUCCACCGGUGAUUAGUGGUUUGCACACCCUGCAGCAUCCAUCGAAGCGUCAGCAGCACGAGAUGAUGGCUCACGUACACAUGCAGCAGAAUAUGAGGGCUAUGGGCACGCAUACGCUGGGUCGUUUGCCGUCGCACAAUCAUAGCCCCACACACCUGACUGGCCCUAAUAACGGUAAAUAUGCAACUUUAAGCAAACAAUGCAAAACUUUGGAAGCAAAUGAUUUUUACUGAAAAUCAUCAUCAGUCUGUAGCGAUCCCAACCGAAGUCAACAGGCGACGUCUCAACAGCAGCAACAAUCCCAGAUGGCUCCACAACCAAUAUAUUGUCACCAUCCUCAUCCACAUCCUCACUCACACGAAGCGGCAGCAGCAGUGGCCGCUGCCCAACACCAGCAUGCCAUCUAUCAUCAGCAGCAGCAACAACAACAGCAGUACGGCACCUAUUCCACAGCUGCUCAUGGACAACAUCAUUUGGUGGCGGCCGGACCACAUGGACCGCAGAGUCAAAUCUAUCAACAAAUACCACCGCAUAUGGGUCCGAUGGCUCAAAACGGUGGCCAAGCCAAUCCACAUUCCAUAUAUCAGCCAUUGGUUGCGGUCAGCCAGGGUUCGAUUUAUGUCUCAAAUUUGGCCACAAUGCGGCGACAGAACUCCCAGCAAAGUAAUGCGGGACAUCCACAGAUACCCGGACAUCAUGGCAUGUCACAGCAACAGGGUGGGGGCCGCAUGCCACCCACGUCACAUCAUCAAACGAUGAGUGUGAAAUCCCCACAAGAUGGCAUGCGGGAUCCAUCCCGUUCUGAGGCAAUGGAUACGGCUAUCUAUGAUCGUGAGAAGGGUAUUUACAAGUGUUCAACACUGCGGCAGGGUGGUAAAUUUGAUCCCAAAUAUAAGCCAUCGAUUUUGAAUUGUCCACUGCCAGAAAUACCUAAGGAUGCAGAUCCACCCAGUGUCGAGUCGAUAUAUGAAAAGCAACGACAACAACAGCAACAGAAUUAUU